UUUGUUUUUACGGGUUAUACUUAUUCAAGAUCGACUCAAAUCUUAUCCACACGCCUCUCUCUCCAAAAAUCUCCCUCCGCUCCUCGUCCAGCAGGUGCCAUGGCGUCCCGCGACGGGCUCAUCGUCCUCAUCCUGCUGCACGGCAUUCUGGGGAAGCACUGCACCCUGGGUAAAUCCUCGCUGCCGCCAUCCUCCCCGGGCGUGCCGCGGCUGCUCCACGGCAACGGCGACCACGGUAACCAAGGCAACGGCGACCACGGUGACCAUGGCAACGGCGACCAAGGUGGCCACGGCAACGGCGACCAAGGUGGCCACGGCAACGGCGACCACGGUGGCCAUGGCAACGGCGACCACGGUGACCGUGGCAACGGCGACCACGGUGGCCAUGGCAAUGGCGACCACGGUAACCACGGCAACGGCGACCAAGGUGGCCAUGGCAACGGCGACCAUGGUGACCAUGGCAAUGGCGACCACGGUGACCACGGCAACGGCGACCACGGUAACCACGGCAACGGUGACCAGGGCAACGUCGACCGAGAUGGACCGCCGGCUAGGCACGAUUCUUCUUCUGCCGGCACCGGUGCCCGAACCAAGCGGCACGAAGCGUCCGAGUCCACGGGAUCACCCCGUGACGGAGCCGGCGGCGGUGCCAAUAGAGGAGGGGGAGGAGGAGGAGGAGGUUCGACGCCCGGUUCGUUCAAGGAGGUGAUCGACGUGGAUGACAGCUUCGAGCAGCUCGGAGGCAACUGCUGCGACUGCUUCACCCUGCUGGAAGGGGCGCAGGGCAGGAAGGGAGAGAGGGGUGACAGAGGGUUGCCCGGAGAGAAGGGCGAAGUUGGCCACCAGGGGGAGCCAGGAUUGCCCGCCCCUCCUGGAGCAGCUGGGCCCAAGGGUGAGACGGGGAACCCAGGAGAGCGAGGCGAGGAUGGAGACCGUGGCCCCAGAGGAGCCCCCGGGGACAGGGCAAUCAAAGGUGACAAGGGCGACAGGGGAUCGUUGGGCCUGGCGGGCGACAAAGGGCAGCAGGGAGAGAAGGGCGACAAGGGCAGCAUCGGCCCCAAGGGCGACCAGGGUCAGCGUGGGGUCGCGGGCCCUCCGGGCGAGCGGGCAAAACCGGCCGAGAAGGGAGACAAGGGUGAGCGCGGCGCGCAAGGCGAGCGCGGCCCCGAGGCCGCAGCGGGCCCCGAGGGCCGGCCCGGCAGCGCGGGCCUCAAGGGGGACAAGGGGGACGCGGGCACGAGCGGCACGAAGGGUUCCAAGGGCGAUCGAGGAGACGCGGGGCCGGCGGGGCCGACGGGACCCGCGGGGUCUCAGGGAGCCCCCAGCCCGCCGGGGUCGCGGGGCCCGGCGGGUCCCCAGGGCAUCCCGGGGCCCGCCGGUCCCCCGGGCCACGCGGGGGCCCCCGGGCAGCCCGGCCCGCCGGGCCCGCCGUCGCCGCCGCCGCACAAGACGAAGCCGUCGCUGGAGAGCAACGAGGAGACGGAGGCGUGCGCCAAGGGGCCGUGCGGCGCGGGGCCUUGCGGCGGGGGUCCCUCGGGGCCCCGCUCGGCCUUCAGCGCGAGCCUCUCGAAGGCCAACGCCUUCCCGGCGCGCGGCGCGCCCGUCCGCUUCACGCGCGUCCUCUACAACGGCCAGGGCCACUACAGCCCCGAGACGGGCAAGUUCACGUGCGUGGUGCCGGGCGUCUACUCCGUGUCGUACCACCUGACGGUGUGGAAGCGCUCCGUGAAGGUGGCGCUGUGCAAGAACGAGCGGCGGCUCGUGUCGUCGGGCGACGGCUUCGAGGACGGCGACCUCGACCAGGCGUCGCUCUCCACCGUGCUCGAGUUGGAGCGGGGCGACCAGGUGUGGCUCGAGGUGGUCGGCAGCUACAACGGCAUCUACGCCGACGACGACGACGACUCCGUCUUCACAGGGCAUCUGCUCUUCCCAGACUGCUGAGCGCCGUGCCGUGCGUCCCCCAACCCAUUCGACGGAGACUAAGUUCUUGGAGCUGAGUGACGUUCCCGAGCCGGGCGGAGCUUCCUCCACACGCACGCACGCACCCGAGCGGACAAUCCCGACGGUGAUGAGAUGUUCACUACCUCGCCCGGUAUACAGUGGAUCGUAUAGGUUCGAUCGCGAUCCUGACUCCUGUAUAUUUGGAGUGUGUGUGUGUCUCUCUCGCUCCCCGUGAUCGCGUGGUUUUUUUAUGGGUGCCCCUGGUUUGGGGCCGUCCAUAAAUGACGUCACGCGAUUUUGGAUGAUUUUUUACCCCCCCCCCUCCCUCGUCACACGGCGUCACAAAAAGUCAGACCCCCCCCCCUCAAAUAUGACGUCACAAAGCUCUGCCCCCCCCCCCCAAAACCAUAUUUCCAUUUUGAAAAUAAAACGUGCUUCAAAUCGCUUUAAACUAUUGUCAUUGUAGUGCGUAUUUAAUGUGGCGCUGCACUCUGAUGUUGUAGGAGUGUUGUUUUAACAAUUAGUGUUGUUAAAACAAUUAUAUAUUUAUUUAAAGUUGCGCAUUUUUAUGUGACGUCACAUUUCUCAACCGCCCCCCCCCACUCGUCACACAUCGUCACAAAUGUCUAACCCCCUCUCCCCCCUAGGUGCGUGACGUCAUUUAUGGACGGCCCCUUUGUCCCCUUCACAUUUAAAAUCAACGGCACGCGAUUAGAGUAUAUUGGCUGCGAAAAAAUGUCCACGUGAUGAUAAGCCGCUUUCGUUGAGCUAUCAUUUGUGAUAGCAAGGUCGCUUCUAAAAAAACAAUUGUUACAUAGCUCAGUGGACCAUCUCUCGCACCUGGUAAAAUAAAAAUAAAGUUUAAUUUACAAAUCCAGAGCUGUGCUGUGCACAUGAGCACCCGAAGG